AUGAGGGAAAAUGUCUAUAUAGAUACCCAAAUUUUUUUCUUUUUGAAUGAACGAAACCAACGAAAUGUGUCAGAAAUAGCUAGAGAAUGUAAUAAAUUACUACAAUGUGAUAUCUCUAAUGCUGAAAGACUAAUUGGAAAAUUAACUGAAAUAGUAUAUCAAUGA